UGGCGCGGCCCGUGGGGCGUGUCCGGGCAGCCCUGCUCCGCCCCAGCCCAGCGGGACCGCGGAUGCCGCGGUAGCGGACGGGGCAGGGCAGGGCAGGACUGGGAGCCGUGGAGCAGCGCCAUGGGGCUGGAGACGGAGAAGGCGGACACCCGUAUCCUCAUGGACGACGACAACUUCCCGCGAAGCGGUAGCCCCGCGCUGCCGGAGGCAGAGAAGUUUAGGGAGGAUGAGCUGGACCGCGACCCCCGCGGGAUGAACGCCCACCUGCAGCUGGGAUUCGAGGAUGUGAUCGCGGAGCCCGAGCUAACCCACUCCUUCGACAAAGUCUGGAUCUGCAGCCACGCCCUCUUUGAGCUCAGCAAGUACCUGAUCUAUAAGCUCCUGACUCUGGUCCUUGCCAUACCGCUGGCCAUGGUCGUGGGGAUCGUCUUCGCCGUGCUUAGCUGCCUGCACAUCUGGAUUGUUGUGCCUUUUGUGAAAACCUGUCUCAUGGUCUUACCUUCAGUCCAAACUGUAUGGAAGAGCCUGACAGAUGUUUUCGUCACACCAUUCUUUCAGAGCCUGGGCCGAUGCUUUGCCAUGAUUAACAUUCGCCUGGACCAAGAGUAAACAUCAGGGAUGCAACACAGCUGUAAUUGUAGCUAGUGUGAUACCUCUUUGCUAACCUAACAUACAAGCACUUAGCAUUCAUUCCAAACUGUUACAUUUCAAUGGCUGGUUUAAGUGGGAACAUGCUUUUUUUUUUUCUUUCUUUUUCCUAAAACACAUUUAUUUUCAGGGAGAUCAGUUGAAGAAAGAGUAGGCAGUUUUCAUAGCUCAGUAUUUUAACAGAAGAGUGAAUGCAGAGUAUGUUGGCAACACUUUAUUUUAAUGGUACGUCAAUUGCUAGGUCACAGGAGAAUUCUCAUGGAGGUGUAACAGCCACCACAGUGGUAAUGAUUGGCAUUAUUACUAUAAAUAUUUAAAUAGACUGUGAUACUUUAGGUGAAACUGACCUCCACAUUGACUUUCCUGCAAAUCCACCAAGGAUCAUUUUUGGCCCUUACUGUGCAGAGUGAUCGACUCAGCCCUCUAUUAUCAGCAGUUAAAAUGAACGUGACUCAUUGCACAAGCAUACUGGAAACUGUUGUGUAAUUCUCCUAGGCUGGGGAGGAAAAGGUCCCUGGAAGAUUCUUCCCUUAAAAUAAGGUGUUAGCUAAUGAUUUGGAAUAUCAGCUAAUCUGUAUAUUUUAUUUAAUGAGAGGCUAACUUUGCUGUAUAUUUUGUUCCUUUGUAAAUGGCACAUGAUCAUUUUCUUUGAAGCAUUAUUUCCAUAGUAGCUGAAUUCUAACCAGCUUACUAGGCAGUAAGACAAUGCAAAAAUUACUUCAGACAACCAAAAUUUCAGUUUCUAAGUUAUGUAGAUUUUUUUUUAAAUGUUGCUGUGCAAUUUUAAUGUAUUUGUUAUAUAUGGUGACAUAUAAAAGCAAUGAUUCUAAGAGUUUUCAUACAGGACUAUGCAAAAGAGUUGGACAUAUCAGUUUAUGAGAAAUGGUUUUUAGUAAAUAUAGGGUGUCGUAAAUGCAAACCUGCCCAUUUCUGUAUAUUAUCUGUGUGACUAUUGUGAUAUUUAAAACAAGAGACACUAUGCUGGCACUUUAGCUAGGCAGCAAGCCCCUAUAGAAGCCAAAUGAGUUUAAUUUGUAUCCUUUUCUAAUUCUCCUCACCUACUGACUUGCUUAUUUGCUACUUCAAAGCCUAACUGCUAAGAAGCCCUUCUUCCUUCUGCACCUAAUAUGGCUUUGUAAACCAGAAUAACGAAAAGUAUGCAGAGGUACAUUAAAGUUACAUUAGCCUUCUGUUGGGCUUAUGCUGCUGUUUUCUUUAAAUACAGAUGAUAAGUUGCAAUUGUAAAAUUUUUAUAUUAUUUAAAAAAUUGUUAUUUAAAAAAUUAUAUCACAGAGUUCUUAUCAAACAAAAGAUGCAUGAUAAAAUGACAAAACAUCAACUUUUUCCUGUUUUCAACUUCACUUUUUGAGGUUUUCAAUUUUUUAAAAAGCUCUUAAAAAUGACAAACUGCAUUAGAACACUAUGCAGUUCUUCCAGAAUAUGGGAGAGGGGAAAGAAAUGGAUGAGCAUCAAUAUGGUUCUGCUACUACAAGCCGCAUUUAAUUUAUUUAUAGUGGAAAAAUAAGUAUCUCAGUGCAUAAUUAAGCCCAUACAGAAUGAUUGCUUUCUCUGAAGCAUGUCUCUCAAUGCAGAAUUUUGGCUACCUUCAGAAAAAAACACUUAAUUUUUUACAGGCACAUGCUUAAUUUACA